GAGAUAGAUACUGAAUGAGGAAGGAAGACACCUCUCCCUGUAAUAAAGGAAAUCACAGACUAUUAAGUAACUUCUCUUGCGCAAUAUAGAUGUGUAGGUCUAUAAUAAAGGACAUUAUGAACCCCCUGAGUUUAUAAUAACAAUAGGGGUACACAACUAAUCCCAAUAAUAGAAUACUUAAUAAAAAUAGCUAAAUCUGUAUGUAAAUGCUCAUGCUUAAUGUACUAAAAACCUCAUAAGACAGAAUAUUCAAGUCUUAAAGUCGUCAUUGAGUCAUGUUUAACCUGUGGCCCCACCUUUGUGUUAACCUUUAAGGUCCCUCCUCAAAUACAGGUGGUUAUAAAAACCAGAUCCAUCCUAAGCACCUCUCUCAUAUCACCUGUGUAGGACCUGUUCACGACCCACAGGAUCACCAUGGGGACAACCAAGAAUACACCGAUAUGGAGGCUGAUAUGCCUGGCACUACUGAUCAAAUCAACACAAACAGUGAACCCCACAACAAGUGUAACAAUCAUCCCGACAAUGAUCACAACGAUAUCCACACUUUCAGGAUUGAAUGCCUCACACAAUGACCAGGUCUGCAGCACAUGGGGUAACUACCAUUUUAAGACUUUUGACGGGGACUUUUUCCAGCUCCCCUCCACCUGCAACCAUGUUGUGACCUCACUGUGUAAGAGCAGCUAUGAGGCUUUCAACAUCCAGAUGAGGCGGCAGGUGGUGGACAACCAGCCCACCAUUAGCAAGAUUACCAUGAAGCUGGAUGGUGUAGUGGUGGAGCUAUCCAAGGGUGUUGUUGUGGUCAAUGGGCAGACGGUGACCCUGCCGUUCAGCUUGUCUGGAGUCAGCAUCGUGAAGACUACAUCCAAUGUGAAGGUCGUAGCCAAACUGGGGCUGGUUGCUGUUUGGAACAAGGAUGACUCCCUAAUGAUUGAAAUGAAUGAGAAGUACAGAAACCAGACCUGCGGACUCUGUGGUGACUUCAAUGAAGUCCAAACAUAUAACGAGUUCAUCAUCAAUGGUGGGAAACUCUCUAGCUCUGACUAUGGAAACCUCUGGAAACUGGAUGGCCCUCUGGAAGUCUGUGAGGAGCCUACGCUAACUUCUGUGGAGAGUUGUGGAGAUGAGGAAUUUUGUCAGCAGCUGUUCUCCAGUGCAGCUUUCAGUAGCUGUGCUAAUUAUUUGGACAUGGACGCCUUUGUCGAGACCUGCCUUGCAGACCUGUGCCACUGUGAUAACAGCACCAACUCCUUCUGCCUGUGCAACACCAUCUCAGAGUACUCCCGUCAGUGUGUUCAUGCAGGGGGGAAGCCCCAGCAAUGGAGGACUAAACAGUUCUGCUAUAAGACAUGCCUCUACAACAUGGAGUACCAGGAAUGUGGAAGCCCCUGUGUUGACACCUGCUCCAACCCAGAGGCCAGCCAGAUGUGUGAAGACCACUGUACAGAUGGCUGCUUCUGUCCUCUAGGUACUGUUUUUGAUGAUGUCAGCAACAGUGGCUGCAUUCCAUUGAGCGAAUGCCUCUGUGUCCACAUUGGACAAGUAUACAAAUCUGGAGAGUCUUACACCAGCAACUGUAAAGAAUGCACCUGUGCUGGUGGUCAGUGGGCCUGUACAGACAAGGACUGUCCUGGGACCUGCUCUGUGGAGGGAGGAUCCCACAUCAACACCUAUGAUGGGAAAGCCUACACCUUCCAUGGGGACUGCUCUUACGUUCUGACCAAGCAAUGCAAUGGAACUGAAUUCACCGUGCUGGGAGAUAUUGUGAAGUGUGGGUUGACUGACACUGAGACGUGCAUGAGGGCUGUUACCCUAGCCCUCUCCAGCAGAUCCACUGUGAUCCGAGUCCUGUCAAGUGGAAGUGUUUUUGUAAAUCAGAUUCUUUGUCAGCUCCCGCUCUAUACAGCUGAAGUGACCGUCUUCAAGCCCUCCUCAUUCUACAUUGUUAUCCAGACAACUCUUGGAGUUCAACUUCAGAUCCAGCUUUCACCAGUUAUGCAGAUGUACAUAACUACCAUCUCAUCCUACAAAGGAACAACCUGUGGCCUUUGCGGAAACUACAAUGACGUUCAGGCAGAUGAGUUCAGAGUCAUCAGUGGAUUGGUGGAGGGCACAGCUGUAGCUUUUGCCAACACAUGGAAGACCAUGUCUAGCUGCCCUGAUGUCAAGACUAGCUUUGAAAACCCUUGCAGUUUGAGCAUCGAAAAUGAGAAAUAUGCCCAGCACUGGUGUUCCAUGUUAUCAGAUCCUAAAGGAGUGUUCUCCCCUUGCCAUUCUGAAAUAAGACCUGACACCUACAAAACCAACUGUAUGUAUGACAGCUGUAACUGUGAGAAGAGUGAGGACUGCAUGUGUGCUGCCGUCUCCUCUUAUGUCCAUGCUUGUGCUGCCAAGGGUAUCCAGCUCAGCAGUUGGAGAGACACUAUCUGCAAUAAAUUCGCCACCUGUCCCAGUCAAACAGUUUAUACCUACAACAUGACCAGUUGCGGACGCACCUGCCGCUCCCUGAGCAUGACAGACCAAUCUUGCCAGGUGGAGUUUGUUCCGGUGGAUGGCUGUGGCUGUGCAGAGGGCACCUACAUGGACGAGGCUGGCCAGUGUGUUGCCCCCACCAAUUGUCCCUGCUAUGACAAGGGCUCGGUGGUCCCUGCAGGAGAGACUAUCAGCAGAGACGGUGCCACCUGUACUUGCAGACAAGGGACACUGAGUUGCACUGGGGGAGCAAGACUAUUUAGUACAUUUGAAAUGAACCAAGAGGAUUCAAGCAAUUCAUUAUGCACACUGCCAAUGGUUUUCUUCAACUGCUCAACUGCACCUCCAGGAGCUUCAGGUUCUGAGUGUCAGAAGAGCUGCAAAACUCUGGAUAUGACCUGUAUCAGCACAGAGUGCACAUCAGGUUGUAUGUGCCCCACCGGACUGGUGUCUGAUGGGAACGGAGACUGCAUCAAGGAGGAACUUUGUCCUUGUUCUCACAAUGGAGCUACUUACCAAGCUGGAGAGACUCUUAAGGUUGACUGCAAUACAUGUACUUGCAAGGACAGACAAUGGCAGUGUACCACACAUCUUUGUGAUGGAGUUUGUGCAAUCUACGGAGAGGGUCACUAUAUCACCUUUGAUGAGAAAAGGUUCAACUUUAAUGGAAACUGUGAAUACACUCUCAUUCAGGACUACUGUGGCAAUACUAAUGGCAGUGGCAGCUUCAGAGUUCUCACUGAGAACAUUCCUUGUGGAACUAAAGGCACCACCUGCUCCAAGACCAUCAAGCUCUUCCUGGGGACCAGUGAGCUCCUAUUGGCAGAUGGGACCGCUCAAGUUGUCAGGAGUACUCCAGAAGAGCAGUUUCCUAAACAGAUCAGCCUUCUGGGGAAUUAUCUGGUUAUUGAAGUCAAAAGUGGUCUAAUCCUCAUGUGGGACAAGAAGACCAGUCUUUUUAUCAAGCUGAGUCCACAAUACCAGGGGCAAGUGUGUGGUCUGUGUGGAAACUAUGAUGGCAACGCAAACAAUGACUUCACCACUAGAUCCCAGGCGACAGUUGUUGAUCCGGUGGAAUUUGGAAACAGCUGGAAAGUUUCAUCAAGCUGCCCAAGUGUAUCCGCUGUAGUGCACCCAUGUACCUCCAACCCGUACAGAGCGUCUUGGGCCCAGAAACAAUGCAGCAUCAUUAAGAGCGAUGUCUUCACAGCCUGCCAGAACCAGGUGGACCCCUCUCCUUACUACGAUGCUUGUGUGAGAGACUCAUGUGCUUGUGACAGUGGUGGAGACUGUGAGUGCUUCUGUACAGCAGUGGCAGCUUAUGCAAAGGCCUGCAAUGAAGCUGGAGCAUGCGUAGCCUGGAGAACCCCUCGAAUUUGCCCACUGUUCUGUGAUUACUACAACCCCACUGGAGAAUGUGAGUGGCACUACAAGGCAUGUGGAGCUCAGUGUAUGAAGACCUGCAGAAACCCUUCCGGAGACUGUUCUAGUUUAAUUCCAGCAUUGGAAGGCUGCUAUCCUAACUGUCCUGCGGCACAACCUUACUUCAAUGAGGAGACAAUGAAGUGUGUGGUGAGGGAACAAUGUGGCUGCUUUGACUAUGAAGGAAACCAAUACACCAAUGGACAGAAUGUUCCGGCACCAAAUUGUGAAAGAUGCACCUGCACAAUGACUGGAGUGAGCUGCAGUUAUGAUGUAAAUGUUUGUACAUGCUUGCAUAAUGGUAAACAACACCCAUAUGGAGCAACCCUCUACAAUACAACAGAUGGGAUUGGUAACUGCAUUGUUGCAGUUUGCGCCGCGAACGGAACCAUUACCAGGAACAUUUCCCCUUGUCAAGUGACCACAACUCCAGUACCAACUACAACUUCCCCUCUGACCACAACAACUGUCCAUGCAACUACAACACAGGCCUCUACGACAACACUAAAGCCCACAACUGUCUUCCACUUUUCAACACCUGAACCAACAUCUACUUCAACUUGGUCUUCCACAACAAUGGAGUUGACACCUAAAAUCACCACAAGUUCAUCAUUAAAUCCUUCAACUACAUCAUCAGGAUCAAGUACAGUCACAAUUCCCAACCCGACAACUGUAACUACAACAACUGUGGUACCCUCAACAAGUGGAGAAGUAGCUACAUCGACCACAGCUGAGACUUCAACAAAGGAAGACACCACAAAUGAGACGAUCACAUCUAUAAAGCCACCUAAAGAAGUCACCACCGGCCCAACAACCACUUCCACCACUGUAAUUGUUGAAACCUCUACCUCAACAUCACAGCCCAAAACAACAGGUGAAGAAACAACAGGUCCAGUAGUGAUCACAUCCAAUCCCACGACUUUAACAACAACUACAAUUGUACCAACAACAACUACACCUAUAACAGGUGGAACUACAACAGUUGAAGAAACAACAACUGAGACAAUUCCAUAUACAUCUAAAGCUCCACCUAAAGAACUCACCACUGGCCCAACAACCACUUCCACCACUGUAAUUGUUGAAACCUCUACCUCAACAUCACAACCCAAAACAACAGGUGAAGAAACAACACGGCCAGUUGUCAUAACAUCCAAUCCCACUGCUUUAACAACAUCUACACUUGCACCCACAACAACUACACCUAACACAGCUGGAACUACAACAGUUGAAGAAACCACAAUUGAGACAAGUCCAUCUACAUCCACAAAGCCACCCAAAGAAGUCACCACCAGCCCAAAAACAGCUUCCACCACUGUAAUUGUUGAAACCUCUACCUCAACAUCACAACCCAAAACAACAGGUGAAGAAACAACAGGCCCAGUUGUCAUAACUUCCAAUCCCUCUACUUUAACAACAACUACACUUGCACCCACAACAACUACACCUACCACAGGUGGAACAACAAUUGAGGAAACCACAAUUGAGACAAGUCCAUCUACAUCCACAAAGCCACCAAAGAAGUCACCACCGGCCCAACAACCACUUCCACCACUGUAA